ACUGUUGCUGACCCGCCAUCUUGGCGUGCGCGGCCGCUUUUCUUCUCGCUUCUCGGGCUUCUGGAUUGCGCCUGGUCUGUGUCGCCGUGUGAGUCGCGGGCGCCCGGACGCCCACCGCGAGGGGGUCGCUCACCCGGAGUCCCGAGAUGGGGCUGGUGUCAUUUGAGGACGUGGCUGUGGACUUCACCUGGCAGGAGUGGCAGGAGCUGGAUGCUGCUCAGAGGACCCUCUACAGGGACGUGAUGCUGGAGACCUACAGCAGCCUGGUGUCCUUGGGGCACUGUGUUACUAAACCUGAGCUGAUCUUCAGAUUGGAGCAUGGAUUUGGGCCGUGGAGUAUAGGAGAGGCUUCACUCUGGAAUCUCCCAGGUGUUCUUGAAGUGUAUGCUCCAGAUAAAACUUGCCUGGGAAAUCCAGAGAGUCACAUCUGGCCGUUGGGAAGUGUCAGCGGGAAUCUGUCAAACAAAGAGAUGAUUGAAGCAGAAAUGAAGGUUCAACUGGCACUCCAUCGAGGUACAAAACCCUAUGAAUGUAAACCAUGUAUGAAAAUGGUUACUCUGACAUCGCAGCAGCCGGGCAAGCAGCAGGAGUAUUGUUCAAGUGUGAAACCCUACGAAUGGAAGGAAUGUCAGAGAGCUUUUCAUUCUAAGUCAGCGCUCUCUAACCAUCAGAGAACUCGUACAAGAUUGAAGAUCUAUCAGUGUACAGAAUGCAGGAAAGCUUUCCCCUCCAAGUCAGAACUCGCUGUGCAUCAUAGAAUUCAUACCGGGGAGAAGCCCCAUGAAUGUGAAGAGUGUGGGAAAGCCUUCUAUCGUAAGUCAACCCUUACAGUACAUCAGAAAACUCACAGGGGUGAGAAGCCGUACGAAUGUAAGGAAUGUUGGAAAGCUUUCUAUUAUAAGUCAACCCUCACCGAACAUCAGCGAAUUCAUACAGGUGAGAAGCCUUAUGUGUGUAAAGAAUGUGGCAAAGCUUUCUUCUACAAGUCAAACUUAACUCGCCACCAUAGAACUCACACAGGUGAGAAGCCUUAUGAGUGUGAAGAGUGCAGGAAAGGGUUCUCCUCCAAGUCAGAGCUCACUUCCCAUCAUAGAACUCAUACUGGGGAAAAGCCCUAUCAGUGUGAAGAAUGUGGCAAAGCUUUUUACUGCAAGUCAACCCUGCGUGUACAUCAAAAAAUACAUACAGGUGAAAAGCCCUAUGAGUGUAAGGAGUGUCUGAAAUCUUUCUAUUAUAAGUCAACCUUGACCGAACAUCAGAGAACUCAUACAGGUGAGAAGCCCUAUGAAUGUAAAGAAUGUGGUAAAGCUUUCUUCUAUAAGUCACAGUUAACUCGCCACCAUAGAAUUCACACAGGUGAGAAGCCUUAUGAGUGUGAAGAGUGCAGGAAAGCUUUCUCCUCCAAGUCAGAGCUCACUGCUCAUCAUAGAACUCACACUGGCGAGAAGCCCUAUGAGUGUAAAGAAUGUGGCAAAUGUUUCUGUCGUAAGUCCCACUUAACCCUCCAUCAUAGAAUCCAUACAGGUGAGAAGCCCUAUGAGUGUAAAGACUGCAGAAAAGCUUUUUUCUGCAAAUCAGGACUUGCUCGACAUUUGGGCACUCAUACACAUGAUACUAAUACAAAGAAUAGAGAAAAGCAUUUUCCUGCAACUCACAGCUCAGUCAACAUCAGAAAUGUCAUGCAAGUGAGGAACCCUGUGGCUAUAAAGAAUGAAGAAAAACUCUCCACUAUAAAUCAGGCUUCACUCCAUACCAUGGACUUCUUAGAGCUGAGAAGUCCUAUAGAUAUACAUAAUGCAGGAAAACUUGAUUUCAUAACUCAUACAUCGUUCAAUAUGAGUGAACUCAGAUGAGACACACUAAUAAUGUAGAAGAGGAAAGAAAGCUCGCAGUCAGCCAGGAUCACUUGACAUUAAAGAAUACCUGUAGAAUGAUGACACAUGAAAACUGCCAUGAGGGAGACCUUUUUCAACAUCAGAAAACCCAUAUUGUUGUGAGACAUUUGUAUCUGGAAAGAGCACAGGAAAGCUCUACUAUAGUUAUUUCAAAGUAAGUAACUCAUACAUGUGAAGAAGCUUAUGAAUUUAAAAGCCAAAAGGUUUUAAUGGUAAGUCAAGUCUCAGUUGACAUGAGUAUAUAUGCAUUGAAGAACCCUGAGAAUGUUUAAAAUCAAAAACAUGUUCUAGUGUGGAAUACUGUAUGUCCUAGUGUGGAAUACUGUAUAUGUGCUAAGCUUAGGAAGCAAACAUGUAAGGGACCUAGGAAAAGAACACAGGAAAAUGUUGAUAAGUCAGAUCACAUUCUGUGUCAGGAAAGUCAUAGACUUCGUGCAAAUAACAAAUUUGUCAUGUAUACUGCUACUUGCUUAUGGUCCAUGCUCACUGAGACAUAGUUAUCCAAGACUAGAAACCUCAGAUCCUCUCCCGCUCUGGUUGGGCCUAGAGUGUUGUAAGGGCAUGUGUACCUGGUAGGAGGCACUGGCAUCUUGUAGAACUGCUACAAGAGAAAAGAUGGCGAAUCUUCUGAUAAGGUCGGUUUAAUCUGACAGUCACUGACAUAGGAGUCAAGAAAUUAACAGUGCUUAUUUCCUGAUCAUCCUCAGAGAAGGGAUAAUUAAGAGUAGUGAUAUUAUAUCAGAUUAGGAGCACAGGAGAGACAGGUACAUGGGGAUUGUACCACACUUUGCAGAUACAGAAGGGAGUCUAGACCCAGGCCUAAUAUAACAGACCAAGUGAGUGUUAGAGCCAGGAGCAAAUAUCCCAUCUCAGCUCAGUGAUGAGUGCCCCUGCACCAUUUUACUUGGUGAGCUUUAUACCCUGCUGUUAGUGGCCGAAGGGAGAACAGUCUUCACUUCCAUUUUCUAACUCUGGCAGAAGAGAAUCUUAAUAAUGUUAUCUUGAGUGACUGUCCUCUCAGCCAGGGAACUGCCAUUUCGGGGAAUUCAGUUGUGCCCCUUUCAGAAGCUCAUCCCAGCUGAGCCUGUUGAUGGCUUACACCCUCUUCUCCCCUUCCCAGUGUCCCAACUGCUCCCUACAACCGGAAGCUCUGCAGACUGCCUGGGGAAAAGAUUUAGAGUGAGUAUGUGUAUGGAUGUGUGUGUGUGUGUUAAUGCAUACGUAUUUAUAUGUGUGUGUACGUGCAUGCCAGGGAAGACUAGGGAAGGGGCCACAUCCUCCAUCUGUGCUGUUUUGGAAAAGCCACAUUCCUGUUGGGUAAGGAUUUCCAGAUGCAGCCCACUGCGGGUAGAGUACCCACACCCUUGUAAGUAACCCGCAAGCUCUGUAACGAAGCCAAAUAAACUCACUGGUUUAUUUGUGAACUUUGAUGGAAUCAUGUCUCUGUUUGUCUUCGGACCUUAGGAGAAGAGAUAGACAUUGCUUAUGUCUCCCCUGGCAAGGAAUUUAUAGCAACAUAGGGUCACCCUUAGAUGAACCCUCAGUCAAGAUGAGGCAGUGGCCACACAAGGUGAGUGUUGUUCUGGUAGGUUGGCGCUCGAGGAACUUGAGUGAUUCUCAUUCGCUGGUAUAUCCUCUAAAUCCAGCCUUUUCCCCCUUUCCCAUGGUACUUAGUGAUACUACAUUAAGGAAAGUAGAUAGUGCAAGAAACUUACAUGCUCGGAAAAUUCUCAUUCAGGUUGAAUUGUGGUAAGAGACACUGAUUAAAUAAUAAUCUUAGUAAUUCACCCUGACUCAGUAGAGUGAGAAGGUCAGGGAGAUACAGCUAAGGGUUCUAGUAACUCUUAAGUGGGACAUCCAAGAGUAUCCUGGAAGCCAGUUAAUGAGUUGUCAGUUCAGCAGCUUCCUGGGCCUUGGGUGGGUGCCCAGGCAUAUGCAUUCAUCACUGCUACCUGAUGGCACAUUGCCAUCCCAUUACGUUUCACCUUUCUCACCGGUUACUCUGGAUGUUUGUGAAUGACUGUGGGUAUUGAGUGAUUGUGGAGUCAGAUCCUUGGGACAGAGUCUGGCUGAGGCUUGAGAAGAAGUCUCAAAGUCUCAGCACAUAGAAAGUCCUUUCAGAAGCGUCUCAAAUCUGAAAUUAUGAGCUGGGUGCAUAUCUUCUUAUGUGACAUAAUCUUGACAAGAUUCAAAACAUCCAGCUGUUAAGGUUCCUGACUGCACAGCAGCAUGAGGUUUUCACUAGCUUGCCAUUAGUUUCAGGUGUGUGUAGAUGAAAGGUAGCAAGUGUCCCAAGUAUCCCACGUGUCUCCAGCCUGUGUCCAUAGAUUCAUGUUUCUGACCAGUCCCCAUGUUUUUCUUCUAGAGCCAGAGCUUGGCAUAUAACCACACUGUUUCCACACAUAUCUGACUACAGAAGGUCCUGGAAAUAGUGCAAGUACCGGAGUGUAUGGCAGCAUUGAUGUGAGGGGGGUUUUGAUGGACUGGUGUAGUUUAGAGUAGGAAUGGGGAGGUAGGAGUCACUGUCUCCCAGGGCUAGAACCUGCAUUACACUACAGCUUGCACUGUUGACUUCUUAGGUUUUCAAAGACACAGAUAUUACACAUCAGGGUCAGAAGAGGGCUUUGGAUGGGACUAGAAGAAUGGACAAUUAUGUGUGGGUGUGUGUUUUUGUGUGCACACACUCUUUGUAAACUCAAGACUAAACAUGGUUUACAUCUGUACUAAAGAAAGAAGUUGGCUCUGUUUAAUAAGAAUUCUGAGAGAGCAUCACCAUUCACCUGCCAUCCAUGUGUCCUGUAACAUUCUCAUGGGCCAUGAGUAAACAAACUCGGAGCCUAAAAAGGGAAAUUGCAGGCUAUACUUAAAGAAAUAGAAUGACCCUUUCACGGGGGACUCCUAAGACCAUUGGAAAAUACAGAUAUUUAUAUUCCAGUUCAUAACAGCAAAAUACAGGCAUGAAGUAGAAACGAAAAUAAUUUUAUGAUAGGCGAAUUAGAGUUAGUUUCUGAAUCCCAUAGGAUUAGUAAGAGUCAAGGAUAUGCGCAAAAUAUUUAGACGGUCUUUGAAAUUAAGCAUUCACUUAUCUUACUCAGAGAACCAAAACCUCACUACUUAUGAAGUAACUAAAAACUGAAUUUUUAAACAAAUACCCACUUAAAUGAGUGUGCUGGAUAUUACUGUACUCCAAAUUUUAAAUAAGGACCAGUAUUCUGAAAAGGUCAGAAUAGAUAGAUGAUCAGAAAUUAGCAUAUCUGUCUGACAUACCCAUUGAACAAGUAUUGGAAGGUGCUGAGUUAGGUAACAAGCAGGAUUUUGGCUCUUUUCCAAAUAUCAGGCUGUGCAAACUACUCCAGUUGGGAAGUAUUUUAAUCACAGGUGUUUUAAUAGCAGGGAGAGGAGUUUGCAGUUGUGGUGGAACUCUUGGAAAGAAAUACAUUGUAGCUAAGUGGGACUGAUUCCUACAGUCUAGUUGAACAAUUUGUAAAUAAACUGAAAUGUUCCACUGAACACUGCCAUUUGUAACUGGGAUCAUCAACAUGAACUUAUUUUGUGACUUUUUCCCUGUACUCUUGGGGUUCUAACUUUCUGAACCAACAUUGUUGUAUUCUCUUGUAUUAUAAUCAUGCACAUGGAUACUAAUUUAUGUGUUGUGUCAGUAGUAAGAAAAUAUCAAAUUUAUUCAUCCACAAAUUUUACUAAAUGGAUAAUAUUUUUAUAUUUAAUUUUUUAUUCAUGAAUAUUCAGUUACUCUAACUUUUCAAGUAGGGUUUUUAAAGAUAUUUUCCAAGUUAAAAUAUUAUAUUAUUUUCUCUCUUCUCUUUCCUGCCUCCAGCCCUUCCCCUGUACUCCUUGCUCUCCAAAAUUCAUGGUCUCUUUUUCCUUAAUUUUUGCUAUUGAUGUAUGUGAAUAUAUUCCUAAAUACAUAAAUACAACCUGUUCA